GAGCUUCCAGACUACAUUCUGGGCGCAACGCUUGGCCAGCCCCCCGGUCGCUGCCUUUGCGUGCGACGCGAGCAGCACGAUGCAUAUUGCCAGGAGUGGGCGCCUUCGGUAAGGCGCAAGCUCACGGCCGAUCCGGUGGCCAUCAAGAUAAUCGAGAAAGCCAAGGGCAAAAAGGCUUACAUGCAGUACAUCCUGCGGGAAAUGCGCGUCCUGAUGUGCGUGAGGCAUCGCCGCCUUUUACAUGACAAGUUAGCUGGCUGGGCCAGCU